AUGGAGAGGCAUACAAGGACUGAUGCAGGGGAGAAGCCGUUUAGAUGCGCCACGUGCGGGAAAAUGUUUACCCAGAAGUCAGGUUUACAAAUACAUGUAAGGACUCAUACAGGGGAGAAGCCGUUUAGAUGCACCAAGUGCAGGAAAAUGUUUGCCCACAAGUCAAAUUUUCGAAGGCAUGUAAGGACUCAUACAGGGGAGAAGCCAUUCAGAUGCACUACAUGCGGGAAAAUGUUUGCCCAAAACCCACAUUUAUACACACACAAAAAGACUCAUACGGGUGAGAAACCAUUCAGAUGCACUAUGUGCAGUAAAAUGUUUACCCGGAAGUCAAGUUUACAAAUGCACGUAAGAACUCAUACAGGGGAGAAGCCAUUCAGAUGCACCACAUGUGGGAAAAUGUUAGACCGGAAGUCAAGCUUACAAGUGCACGUAAUAACUCAUACAAGGGAGAAGCCGUUCAAGUGCUGCGAUUGUGGAAAUGGUUUCAGCUCAGAAUGGUUUCUCAAACAACAUGUCAUGAUCCACACAGAUGAGAUCGGGACUUCCACAGCCAAUAGAGGGUCAGCUGCACGACCUGAAUCCAGGAGAUUGGGUGCUGAUAAAGGACCUAAAGAGAAAACAUUGAGGAAGCCCCGUGGACGGGGUCCCACCAAGUGCUCUUGA